CCGGCCUUCACGUACGAGUUCGUGUGCGACUUGCCGUACGACUGGAGCUACCUCACCGAAAACUUGCUCGACCCGGCCCACAUCCCGGUUAGCCAUGACAAGACCGAGGGCGGGGGCAACAAAGAAAACGCCAGCCCCACCCACUUCGAUGAAGAUCAUUGAGGAGGGUCCGGACGCGCCGAGCUCCACCGGGUUUUCGUGUAUCGUGAAGUCGAGGGGCUUCGGCAGCCGCAAAAAAAUGACGUCGACGCGCUACCGCAUGCAAGCGCCGGGGGUUAUCCGCGUACGCUCCGAGGGCAAGAAGGAGGGCGAGCCUCUUUUCGGUGCCGCUCUGCACUGCAUCCCGCUGGGGAAGGGUCGAUCGCGCCUCCUGUUCAAGACAUACGCGAUGAACUUCCCUCCGAUGGUGGGCUUUAUUUACGGUCUCAAGCCCAAGUUUUUGCGGCACCUCAACUCGUGCAAGAUCUUGGAGCAAGACAUGAAGCUGAUUUGCGCCCAGGAGGACCACGUAGCCAGGACCGGCAAGACCCUGUCGGAGUCGUUUCUGCCCAUCAAGAGCUCGGACGUAAUGGUGGUGGAGCUGAGGAAGUGGCUCGACCGCGUCGGCCACGGUAUGCCUUUCUUCGAGGGCUGGCAGAAGAGCAAGGAAGCGGCCGACCUCAACGACCACGAGGACUGCCGCCGCCCCAGCCACCGCGCUUUCGAGAGCCGGUACCACCGGCACGUCCUAAUAUGCGCGGAGACGCGCAGAGCCCUGGCCACCGUGAAGCAGGUCAAGAAAGGAGGCCUCGCCCUCUCGGCCCUGCUGGCGGCCGCCUCGGUGCUGCUGUCGAGAGCGGGCGCUGCGCGUGCCGCCGCGGCCGCCGCCGCCGCCCCACGCGGAGUGGGGAGCCUCGUCGCGGCGUUAGGGUCGCUGUGUUUGCUGGGGUUAGCCACUGCCGCGAAUGCUCUCGAGGCGCGGUUUUACACCAACUUUGAGAGGCACCCUUCCCUGGGGUGAUGUGGCGUGCGCGCACUGUGAUAGCUCCUCGGUGCGCAGAACAUCAAGAACGAAUUCGUUUCUUUCCAACUGUUGUUUGUCGUUGGGGGCGACAGCGAGUCAGCGAUGAGAUUUUGCAUGGCUCGAGUGCUCCAUUGAUUGUGAUGCCCGCUUGCCGCGCACCCGAAGACGGCCGCGGCACGAGGACGUAGGGCGCGGGUGCGUAGCGCUAGCGGUGUCUUGCCGAGUCGCCAUCUUUCUUGCGGCGUUCUCUCCAGCAAUUUCUUCGUGGCGUCGCCCCAAUACAAGAGCAGGGCUCGUUUCCUGGGUAUGCCAUGCUCGCGAGGACAAGCCGUAGAGGCCUAAAGCUGACACACGUGGUGUAAAUGUUCCGGGAUCGGUCGAAACUGCUGCGGACGGUUUUAUUGAGCAGAGGGGUGUGGCCACAUGAUGUCGCAUGUGCAAGGGGGGUUGUGUGCGCACGAUAUACAUGCAUGCUUUUUGUGCACUCCUGAUGAGCUGAGCGGAGUAUUCCGGCGCAGCAAACUUCGACACAUGUACGCUGUAGUUGGGCGCUCCCUCUCAUGUAUUUAGUUGAAGUGUUCCCUACUUGUCAUAUGUUCUCCACAGAUCGGUUUCGCGCA